UACAAGGCAAGGUUAGUAGCAAAGGGUUUUCUUCAGAAGCAUGGACUGGAUUUCAAUGAAGUGUUUGCACAUGUGGCAAGGCUUGAGACCAUUAGACUAGUUGUUGUUAUAGCAUCCUACAAAGGUUGGCCUAUGCAUCAGUUAGAUGUCAAAUCUGCUUUUCUGAAUGGACCAUUAGAAGAGGAGGUUUAUGUGAAGCAGCCACCAGGGUUUGAAAUCAAAGGUCAAGAAGAGAAGGUCUACAAACUAAAGAAGGCUCUUUAUGGUUUGAAACAAGCUCCAAGA